AUGGGAGGGACGAAGUUUGUUAACUCCAUGUCUGAUGAAUUUGAAAUGAUAGACGAUGAAGAAGAAUAUGAGGAGUCUGGCAAGGAUAAUCGAUUCCUUGGGUUCAUGUUUGGAAAUGUAGAUAAUUCUGGUGAUCUCGACGUUGACUAUCUUGAUGAGGAUGCAAAGGAGCAUCUUUCUGCGUUAGCUGACAAGCUGGGUCCAUCACUGACAGAUAUAGAUUUGUCAGGGAAAUCACCUCAAACGCCACCUGACGUUGUUGAACAAGGUGAUUCUCACAUGACUUACGAUUGUGAUGAAAAAGCUGAAGAUGCAGUUGAUUAUGAAGAUAUUGAUGAAGAGUAUGAUGGUCCAGAGACAGAAGCUGCUAAUGAAGAAGACUAUUUAUUGCCAAAAAAAGAAUUUUUGUCUGCUGAAGCAUCUGUAUGUUUGGAAUCCAAAGCUUCUAUCUUUGAUGAUGAAAAUUAUGAUGAAGAAUCUGAAAAGGAGCAAGACUCUGUGAAUGAAGAUUCUAAAUUCACAUAUACUAGCUUUGUUCUUUCAGAGGAGCAGGAAGAGAGUUUUGUAGAUGCAUCUAAAGAAGAGAGUACUCUUGAACAUGAAUUACAUGUUGACUCACUGCAGACUGAAGAAUUGGAUGCCGAUGUACAAAAGAUUGAGGAGGCUAAAGAAGGAUGGGGGAAGAAGUGUAGUACCCUGGAAGGGCCUGAGGUUCAUAAGAGGUCUAUGCCAUUGCCUGUUUUAUGUGUGGAAGAUGGUGUGGCAAUUUUACGCUUCUCUGAAAUCUUUGGGAUUCAUGAACCUCUUAGAAAGGGAGAAAAGAGAGAGCAUCGACAACCUAUUCCUAGAGAUAGAUACAAGUCUUUGGAUUUAACUGAUGAUUUUAUUGAAGAGGAUGAAGAGGAAUUCCUCAAGGGCUCCUCCCAAAGUCUCUCACUUACUGAACAGGUUGCUGUAGUUAAUAAUGAUGUAUCAGAAAACAAUGAUGUUGACUCGGAGUUUCCAAAAUUUGGAUUUCUUCAUGCUGAGCCCUCGGUGUCCAGGAAAGAUGAUCAUCAAUCAAAGGACUUGUGUCUUAGUGCUGAACCAAUGAAAGGGGAUUUUGAAGAAGACCUUUCCUGGAAAGAUCAUCCCUUCAUAUGGGGCAACUUUUAUCCUCUUGAUCAGCAAGACUGGGAAGAUGAAAUCCUUUGGGGCAACUCUCCUGUUCCAAGUAAUAAUACAAAUGAAAGCUGUGAAAUUUCUGGACCUGAGUUGGGAGCUUCUGCUGGCAGUGAAAUAGAAAUUGAAAGUGGGAUCCAGAAUAUUCAGAUUGAGGCUCAGAAGAUAUUGGAAGAUAAAGAUCAUAAUGUCUUGUGCAGUUCUCCUGUCUCAUUGGAGCCCUUUGGCUCAGGGGAUUCUUCUGGAGCUAAAACCAAUUUAAUAUCCAGAAGUCUAUUUCACCCCCAACUUUUAAGGUUAGAAUCCAGAUCUGAAGUGGAUAGUUCUAGUCUUGCUGAUGGAAAAGAAGGGGAGAUAUCUAAGUAUAGUCAAAGUGGUCAAGUAAAGCGUUUUAACAAGAUUAUAUCACAAAACAGAGACAUGAUGGAGGAUUCCUGGUUAGACAAGAUAAUCUGGGAGGAGCUUGAUCAGCCUAUGGUGAAACCAAAGCUUAUCUUUGAUCUUCAGGAUGAUCAGAUGCACUUUGAAGUUUUGGAUAGUAAGGAUGGUGCACAUCUUCGCCUUCAUGCUGGGGCUAUAAUUUUAAGUCGUUCUUUAAAAUCAAGCAGUGGGGACUCUUCUGAACUACCAGGACAUGGAAGUCAAUAUGGAUGGCGAUAUGUUGCUAAUGACAAACAUUAUUCAAACCGUAAAACUUCUCAGCAAUUGAAAUCAAAUUCCAAAAAACGCUCAGCUCAUGGUGUCAAAGUUUUCCACUCUCAACCUGCACUGAAGCUUCAAACAAUGAAAUUGAAGUUGAGCAAGUAA